CAAAAAGGAAAAUCCCGCCACACUGAUACCGCGCUCAUUCUCUCUCUCUCUCUGUCUUCCCCCAAAUUCUUGUUCUGAUGAUUUCUAGGGUUUCGAUAUCAAUUGUUGGGUUUAGGGCUUAAUCUUCAACUGUCUGGCUGAAAUUGCAAUUCAAGUGGAUAGAUUGAGAUGAAGCACUGGGGAUCCGGUGAAAAUGAAGAAGCUGCUUCCUUGCUUUCUUACUCAACUUGUUGAGCAAUGAAUAGAGGAGAACCACAGAUGAGUCGUACCCAUUUGGGCAAUGGUGCUGCUGCUGCUGCUGACACCACGCCUUUCAAACUUGGUUUAUUGGAGCAUAUUACAGCACUCGACAAUUUCUCAACCCCAAGUGAAGUUCUCAGCUCGCAUUUCCUUUUCUCCUUACCAACUCAAAAACCUCCAAUGGCUACUAGCUCAAUGGCCUUUCCGAUCCAGCAUGUUCAAAGAUUAGAGAGUGCACAAGUUCAAAAGGCUUGGCAUGCCCUUUCCAAUCUUCAGAUCUCUUCUAGGAGCUACACAAGACCUGGAAAAACUGUCCAACUUAAAAAUGCUAGCACUGAGUUUACUCAUGAUGCGGGAAGAACUACAGUUGUAAGCUCAUGUGACAUUAAUAAAAGUAGUGGCCAUAUGCAAACACAUCAAUACAUCGAUGAAAGCAAUGCCAGGUUAAGUGAAGCUGCAAGCUGUCUGCGCAGUGGGUUUCGGUCAAGUAACUACAAUGUUGCAGAUGCAGGAAAAAGUCUUCGGGGGCAUAGUCAGGUCACAGCAUCGCUGGUCAAGAAUUCUCAUUCUCAGGUGUCUGGUGGUUCAUUUAGCAAUAAUAGUGUUCAUACCAGCCAAGCGAAAGAAUGUUCGAACAAUUUCGUGAAUGAGAUGGAUGCUGGUGAUGAUGACGACAUACUUGAGAAUAUUGAUGUUGACCACAUAGUGGAACAGUACCAAUCAAGUUGCACACCUAAACCAUCAAUUUCCAAGCUUCCACCCCUUACUCCAUCUAUACAAAAAGAUAAUACUAUGAGACAAGAAUCGACUUGUUUGCCACCAGAAUUGUGUACAAAUUGCGUUCAUGGAUUUAAGAUAGGACUUUGCCCAGAAGCUGCAAAUCAUUUGCAAGAAAUGAAGGACAUGCUAAUUGCCAUAUCAAAUGAACUGCUUGAUGAUGUCAAUGAACUCAGUCCAAAGCAAAUAGAAAAGCUUCGCCAAGAUAGGUUGCAGCUCAAUAAGCAGAUUCAGCCACUUGAGAGUUAUCUCUGUUCCAACUCAUUGGAUGAGGAAAGACGGAAGUCAAAUUUUUCUGCAUCCACAACAACUCCUGGGCAUUUCCAAUAUGAAACACCUCAAGCAGCUGCAUUCAGGAAUGACCCAGUGAGAUUUGAUUCAGAGGUUCAUCUACAUAAUGAGGCAGGAGGAUAUGCAGAGUGGAAUUCAUCAUCAGUUUCAUCCUCUUCUACGGAUAAGUUUGGUUUCUCUUCUUUUCCUGUUGAGAGAGAACCUUACAUCCCAAAGUUUGUUGAAGUUAACUAUACUGAAGGUUCAAAUGACAAGAAGUGGAGGGAUGGUCCUUUCCCGUGGACUAAAGAACUGGAGGCUAAUAAUAAGAGAGUGUUUGGUAACCACUCUUUCCGCCUCAACCAAAGAGAGGUCAUUAAUGCUACAAUGAGUGGCCAUGAUGUUUUCGUUUUAAUGCCAACUGGAGGGGGUAAGAGCCUGACAUAUCAGCUCCCUGCUGUAGUUUGUCCAGGCUUAACUUUGGUAAUCUCUCCCCUUGUAUCUCUUAUUCAAGAUCAAAUAAUGCAUUUGUUUCAGGCAAAUAUUCCUGCUGCUUACCUAAGUGCCAAUAUGGAGUGGAGUGAACAACAGGAGAUUCUUAGAGCACUGAGUUCUGAAUAUUGUAAAUACAAGCUGUUAUAUGUCACCCCUGAAAAAGUUGCCAAAAGUGAUUUUCUGUUGCGGCAAUUGGAGAGUUUAAAUGCUCGUCAGUUGCUUACUAGGAUUGUAAUUGAUGAAGCUCAUUGUGUGAGUCAGUGGGGGCAUGAUUUCAGACCAGAUUAUCAGGCUCUUGGUAUCUUAAAGAAGAAGUUCCCAGAUACUCCAGUGUUGGCUUUAACAGCUACAGCAACAGCUAGUGUAAAAGAAGAUGUUGUGCAAGCUCUUGGUCUUGUAAACUGCAUUGUUUUCCGGCAAAGUUUUAAUCGCCCAAAUCUAUGGUAUUCAGUUAUUCCCAAGACAAAGAAAUGCAUAGAAGAUAUUGACAAGUUCAUUAAAGAAAAUCACUAUGAUGAAAGUGGAAUAAUAUAUUGUCUGUCAAGAAUGGACUGUGAAAAGGUUGCUGAAAAAUUACAGGAAUGUGGGCAUAAAGCAGCAUUUUAUCAUGGUAGUAUGGAUCCUGCUCAACGUGCCUUUGUCCAGAAGCAGUGGAGUAAAGAUGAAGUCAACAUUAUCUGUGCUACAGUGGCAUUUGGAAUGGGCAUAAACAAGCCUGAUGUGCGCUUUGUAAUUCAUCACUCUCUCCCAAAGUCUAUUGAAGGCUAUCAUCAGGAAUGUGGUCGAGCUGGUAGAGAUGGCCAACGUGCAUCUUGUGUGUUGUAUUACAGUUACAGUGACUAUAUACGAGUCAAACAUAUGAUUAGCCAAGGAAUUAUAGAGCAAAGCUCAUUGACACCUGGACAGAAUCGUAUGAAUGCAGCUAAUUCUGGGAGAAUACUGGAAACAAAUACUGAGAAUCUUUUGCGCAUGGUGAGUUAUUGCGAAAAUGAUGUUGAUUGCCGACGGCUUCUACAGCUUAUUCAUUUUGGAGAAAAAUUUGACUGUACAACCUGCAAUAAGACUUGCGAUAAUUGUUUGAAGAUCAAGAGUUUCAUUGAGAAGGAUGUCACGCAGAUAGCAAAGCAAUUGGUUGAACUGGUGAAAUUAGCGGGGCAGCAGUGUUCAUCAGCUCAUAUUUUAGAAGUGUACAGGGGCUCCUUAAGCCAAUUUGUCAAGAAACACAGGCAUCAGACUUUGAGUCUGCAUGGAGCAGGAAAACAUCUACCCAAGGGAGAAGCUUCCCGUGUAUUACGCCAUCUUGUUACAGAGGACUUGCUUGUGGAGGAAGUGAAGAAAAGUGAUGUUUAUGGAUCUGUAUCAUCAAUACUAAAGGUUAAUGAGUUCAAAGCAUGCGAACUUUUCUCUGGCCGGAAGACAAUUAUGUUAAGAUUCCCUUCCUCUGUAAAAGCUUCUAAGCAGUGGAACUCUGAAGUGAUUUCAACUAAAGGUUCAUUGACAUCUGAGAAGCUGAUUCCUCCACAAAUUGGCACCGGACAACCUCAGUCCAAUGGAGAUGUGGAGCUCUCUACCCAAUUAUUUGUUUCUUUGAAAAUGCUUCGAACUACUCUCAUAAGGGAAGCUGAUGAUAGGGUCAUGGCACACCACAUAUUUGGGAAUAAGACGUUGAAGGAUUUGAGCUCCAUAAUUCCCAGAACGAAGGAGGAACUCCUGGAAAUAUAUGGGAUUAACAAGGGUAAGGUGACAAAAUAUGGAGAUCGGAUACUCGAAACCAUUGAAUCUACCAUCAAGGAUUACUACAGGACAUACAAAAACAGCAGCAGUAGCAAUGACAGUAAUGAGGGAAAGAGGAAAAGAGACGGUAACAAAGAUCAAAAUGGACAUGUAGAGGAUGAUGACUUCACCAAAAGCACUGAUCAAUCAAAGAAAAGGCCGUCAAAAAGGCAGAGCAAAACUAUUGAAGACUAUAGUUAUCUGGAGCCCGAUUUCAACCAAAUAGUGGAUGAUGAUCUAGACUUGUAUGGUUAUAAUUUUGAAGUGAAUGCUUCAGCUACAAAGACUGUUCAGAAGGUUGGCGGAAGAGUGCUUCCGCAAUGGUCGACGUAUGGAAAUGGGUGACAACGAUAAUUGUAAUCACGGAUACUGAGGUCAAUAUUUGUAUCACAGCCAGCAAUUUUUUUGCACUCAAUUUGAAAAAAAAAAAAAAAAAAAAAAAAAAAAAAAGUGGGAGAUGAAUUUCUGGCUGGUAGGAACAAGGUUCUGUUCCAUCCUAUUGUAUCACGUGUUAUGUAUAAUAGAUAUGUAAUACUUUUACUGUCGGCUUCUAAUUGCUCUUUUUUUUUUUUGGAACAAUGGCAGUUGGACCUUGGACGCAUUAGUGCAUAACUAAUGUAAUGAAAUCCGUUGGGUGA